AUGGGUAGACCAGUUUCGAAAAUUGAUCAUCAGACAUCAGAGAGCGUUAAUCAACAGCCUCGUAAAGGUUCUAUCUUUAAGUAUACAAGAAAAAGAAGCGAUGCUGCUAAAAGUGUCGCAAGUAGCGAUAUCGAAUUAUCACAACAUUGCGACGUAGCUAAUACAAACUAUUUUCCGCCUACUUAUGAAGACGAAAUACUGCGGUUCCAAUUGCAACAUUAUCUUAUACGUUUUGCGUGGGAAUCGAAUUUUUCAAGUCCAGUAAUUGAAAGAUUAACUGAAGGAGCUAAAGUAUUAGACGUUGGGCUAUUAGAAAUGGCCACAGAUUAUCCUGCUUCAUCGUUUGUUGGUGUAGACACAUCACCGAUGUAUCCAGCCGAUAUAAGACCAAAAAACGUAAAAUUCCAGAUAGAAAAUAUUCUUGAUGAAUUAUCUUCUCCCAAUGAUACAUACGAUUUUGUUCGUAUACAAUUCUUGUCCACCGCAUUUACAACAGACCAAUGGGUGAAUACAGUUAUUCCGGAAUUGAUUCGUGUGUGUCGUCCAGGCGGUUUUAUAGAGUUUAUGGAAUCAGAUAACAAAUUGAUAGACGCGGGCCCCUCGACUGAAUUCAUCAUGGAAUCACUAAUAUUUCUGGCCACUAAAGGAAUAGGAAACAUUACUCCAUAUUUGCAAACUUAUCUCGCUCAAACAACUAAGUUAGCUGGAAUAUGUUAUGAGAAUAAAUCGAUUCCUAUCGGGAGAUGGGGAGGUAAACUCGGAGAAUUGGGAGAACAAGUAAUGAAACAAACAUUCGAAGUAGAGAAAAUUCCCCUUUCGCUGUUUUUGAAAAUCACCCAUGAAGAGUACGGAAAGAUAACGCGUUCAGCCACUCGCGAAUUCAGCGAAUACAAAGCGUUAAUUCCUACUUGUCGCAUAUGGGCUGAAAAAGUAUAA